AAAUAUAUUUGUUUACGAACAAUGAAGAAUUUGCAUACCUAUAGUGAAGGAGACAAAGGCUCGGAUUUGUGAGGAAAGUCUGAAACGAGAUGUCUGACGAACCUGAAAGAGAAAAGACGUACGAAGCAGAUGAUGUUUCUAUUGAUGAGGUUAGUGAGAAUCGGAGCGAUAAUUCGAGUGAUAGCCCAAACAUUAAUUGGGCUUGUGGCCCCUAUAUUUACUGCGCCGGCUCUGGUUCUGAUGAGGAGAAUGAUGCAAGAAAGACUAGGAAAAAGAAGGGUAAGAAAAAGAAAAAGGAGAGUGAAGAAGAUGUAUUUGAGCGUUUUGACUACGAAGUGGAUGAAUCAGUUGCUGAUUUUGCUGAUGAGAUUAAAAUUGGUCGUAAUGCAAUCCCUGAUAGUUCAGAUGAAGAUGAGGAUCCGAUUGUGUUGAGAGAUAGGAGAAUUAGAAGGGAAAAACCUGAUAAAUUUGCAAUUGGAAAAGCAUUUUUAACUGUUGUUGAGUUUAAAGAAGUUGUCUUAGACUAUGCUUUGAGACAUGGACGGAAUGUGGUCCAAAAAAGGUGGGAGAAAGAAAAAAUUGAAUUUAGGUGCGGGAUGGGUGGGAAGUGUAAAUGGAGGGUGUAUUGUUCUUAUGAUAACCCGAGGCAAAUGUUUGUGGUGAAGACAUCUUAUUUGUGGCAUAGUUGUACUCCUAACGGGAAAUGCAAAAUUUUGAAGAGUCCUGUAAUUGGAAGGCUUUUCAUGGACAAAGGACGACUUCUUGCUUUAAAAUGGAUUCAGCAAGAGUAUGCUCAACAAUUUGCUCAUCUCCGGGGAUAUAUCGAAGAGAUACGUACGUCUAAUAAAGAUUCUGUAGCUUUCAUUGAAACAUAUGCAAAUGCAGCUGGUGCAGAUGUUUUCAACAGAUUUUAUGUGUGUUUUCACAUACUCAGAACCUCUUGGGCAGGGUCUUGUAGGCCUAUCAUAGGUCUUGAUGGCACAUUCUUGAAGGUUGCUGUUAAAGGUGUUCUCUUGACUGCUGUUGGUCAUGAUGCAAACAAUCAAAUCUAUCCCAUUGCAUGGGCUGUGGUACAAUCAGAAACUGCAGAUAAUUGGCACUGGUUUGUCAAGCAAAUCAAGAAGGACCUAGGUCUAGAAGAUGGCAGUAGGUUUGUAAUCAUAUCAGAUCGAUCCAAGGGUCUACUUAGUGCUGUAAAGAGUGAAUUACCUAAUGCUGAACACAGAAUGUGUGUUAAGCAUAUCAUAGAGAAUCUAAAGAAAAACCAUGCCAAGAAGGAUAUGUUGAAGCCAUUAGUGUGGAGAUUAGCUUGGAGCUACAAUCCCAAGGCAUUUGCUGCAAAUCUUGAGAACUUGAAAAGGUAUGAUUUGGAAUUAUACAAUGAUGUGAUGAAGGAGCAACCACAUACUUGGUCAAGAGCUUUUUACAGAAUUGGUAGUUGUUGUGAGGAUGUUGAUAACAACGCUACUGAGUCAUUUAACUCUACCAUCACCAAAGCAAGAGCAAAGUCAUUGAUUCCAAUGCUGGAAACAAUAAGGAGGCAAGGAAUGCAGAGAAUAACUAAGAGAAAUAGAAAAUCACGUAACCACCAAGGGAGAUUUUCAGAGUAUGUAGCUGAGAUUCUUGCAUCGGAGAAGAAAGAUGCAGAUCGAUGUACAACAUAUAGGUGCACCCAUGGAGUAUUUGAGGUGUAUAUAGAUGGAAAUUCAGAUAGAGUGGAGAUGCAGAAGUCAAUUUGUUCAUGUGGUAAGUGGCAACUUACUGGGAUUCCUUGUGAGCAUGCAUAUGGUGCAAUGAUAGAUGCUGGUUUGGAUGUUGAAGAUUAUGUAUCUGAUUUCUACUCGACAGAGAUGUGGAGAGAUAAUUAUGAGACAGCCACUAGUCCAAUGAGAGGACCAAAAUACUGGAUGAAUGAUAGUUAUAGGUUGGUAACUGCACCACCAGAGCCUGAACUUCCUGGGAGAAAGAAAACUACAAAGAAAUCAAGUUUCCAAAGAAUCAAAGGGAAACAUGAAUCACCAAAGAAGAAGAAGAAGAAACAUGAAGUGGAAAAACUAGGAAGAGAAGGACGCAUCAUUCAUUGUUCAAGCUGCGGUGAAUCUGGACAUAAUGCAGCCGGCUGCAAAAAAUUUCCAAAAGAGAAAGUGAAAAGGAAGAGAAAGGCAAAGACGACACUUGCACUUGAUGAGGUUGGUGGUUCUUCUACUCAAGGUCCAGAUACAAUCAGACUCACCCAACCAACUCAAUCAACGCAACUCACUAAUGAUGUCUGAAUGUGGUUCUCAUUUUAAUAGUCAGCUUUACGUUUUUGAACAUUUGGCUUUUACAUGUAUUGGAUUGUCAUGGUGGAAACGGUUCUAGUUGUUAUUGACAAGUCUACAACACUAUUUCAAUAGCAUUUUGUUUUGAAAAUGGUGUAACGAAUGCUUCUUGCUUUUUCUUGUUCAUUACAGUUUAAUCUUUUGUUUUUUUUUCAAGUGAACGUACAUAUUCUAUCAA